AUGCUAAUAUGUCUCCAGCCACACGAUCUUGUUAAGCACAUCGCUCCUCCACCACUGGACGUCGCCCGUCAAAGGACCUUCUGUGUCUUCUUCGUCACGCCUUCGUAUGCGCACUAUUUGCUGGACGAUGACGCUUUCCUCCGCAACGCUCUUCUGCGCGCUUACGAAAAUGCGGCCGACAUACCGGACCUACACAUAGAUGCACUGUGUGCUGUCGUAGACAAACUCCCCGUCAGCAGGGUAGGGGAGAAGAACCCUACUCAGCCGCCUCUUGCUGGCGCCGGGUUCGAAGGAAUAUCCUACGCGAUUCUUCCGUCCGAUACUUCUGUACCGUCCCAAGAACUAUCGCCAUUGGACAAGAGCGCUAUCGAUUUCAUAUUUGCCGAGCACAAUGUUAAGGACACCGUCUACCGCGACACUUUGCGGUUGCCUCUUGCGAAUACUGUCUUCCAGACAGGUACGCCAUCCACCAUGAUCCUAUCGACUUGGACCCUGGAUGCGAAUCGUCAAAUGACCCCUGUAUCCAAGACCAACGUUUCUCAUCAUGGAAUCCGCUUAGUCAAGCAACAGAAAGACUCUACUCCCGCUCUCCACGUUCCGUUAAUUCCACUCACAAUGCCCCGCACAGUCAACGGCUGCAUGGGCAACAUCAUCCGCAGGGUUAUCGGGCCUGGUGGUAAAUCUCUACAGGCCUCGUCGGAACUUGAAAAUGUUGUUCCCAGAUUCUUCAAAUCGCGAGGACAGCCUGCGCAAGCGACUGUAGCUUGGGCAUUAGUGAUACCCGAUGAGCUGAGGGCCAUCAUUGCCGCUCGAACAGAUGAAAUCCUCUCUGGCUUGCCAACAGACAAUCAGAGUUCGGUCUCCGAGCAUACAAAUGCAUGGGAGCGUCUAUGGCGCAGCGAUCCCCCUCUCUAUAACACGCUGGUGUCGCAAGCACUUACUGAAGGAGCACGUCUCCAUCGAGUCUUGAGUGGUGGAGGCGGAUGGGGGAAGAAAGCUGGCUUGUUAUCGUUGGAUCCUGCAGCGGCCAGUCCAGCGGCAGACCCACCAAAGGAUGACGAUUUUCUCAGCAUGAUCAGUGAUCCCCAAAACUUUGAGUCAACUCUUACGCCCGUGGUGCGAGACGGUGACUCGAUACAGUUCUUCAUCUCUCCGAAAUCAGAUCUCGAACAGUUGGCUCAAAAGUCCGGUCGCAGAGGGAUGAUCAGAUGGGCUGCAUUUGGGAAAAAGAUUAAUUGGGGCUGGGAGGUGGGCACAAUUCCUAGCACUGUGGACUCGAUACCCGGGGCGUUGUCGCAAGACAGUCAGACCAAAGGAGACAAGAUAUUGUGUCUUCCUGGCUUUGGUGCACUGAGUGAAGGAGCGAUGACGCUUACACAGCACUCUCGGGUAGACGAAGGCAUGCUCCACAGCGUCACUACUACGGUCGAUGUUCCCUUUUCUCGUUUCCGGACGAUACGUAAGAAUGGAGCUACGCCUGAUGACAAGAACGAGGACGAGGACGUAGGUGAGCCUGAUGUGGACUCGACCUUCCCAUGA